GCCUGGAAGACAGACAAACACACACACACACACACACACAGACACACAAACAAGCAUAAAAGUCAGUGAGAGGAGAGAGAGAAGAGAGCAGAGCGACGGACACACUCAACCCAGAGAGAGAAGAGACGGUGAGAGCAGACAGCUGACAAGAUGACGAUGACAGAUCUGUUGAAAGCUGAGGAGAUCAAGAGAGCUCUUCAAGCCUUUGAAGGAGAAACGUUUGAUCCAAGAAAGUUCUUUGAAAUGGUCGGGAUGAGGGCCAUGUCGGCCGAGAACGUCAAGAAGGUCUUCCGGGUCCUGGACGUGGACGGCAGCGGCUUCAUCGAAGAGGAAGAGCUCAAGUACGUCCUGAAGGGCUUUUCCAAGGAGGGCAGAGAUCUGACCGACGCAGAGACAAGUGAAUUCCUCAAAGCAGCGGACAAGGACGGAGACGGCAAGAUCGGCAUCGACGAGUUUGAGAUCUUGGUGCAUGAGUAGGGGACAGCUGAACAGCCCCUCCCUCCCUCCCUCCUCCUCCUCCUCCUCCUCCUCCUCCUCUUCAUUCCUGCAUUCAUAUUUUGUAACGGCCAACCCCCCCCCCCCCCUCCUAACUCCUGUCACCUCCCUUUGUACCCCGAGCACGGAGUCACACGGGAGCUGCUCUCUUCCACACCUGAGCGGAACCCGGCCGACAGGGAGUCGCCAUGAGGAGAAACACACAGGCAUCAUAGGAGUCAUCUUUUAUAUAUAUAUAUAUUUAUCAUAUCCACUCGCUCAUGCUGUUUGGAUUUUCAGAAUCGUUCUUGAUGAUUUCAUGAGGAUAGUUUGUGGUCUGAAAACCAGUGGUGCUAGUGCUGUAGAUGGUGUCGAUGUUAUAAAGACUUCUUCCUCUGUGUAUUUCAGGUUGUGCAUCUUGUCUGAUUGGUUUUACUUCUAGAUGUUCACAUAACAGUGCACUUUCCUCCCACUCCUCCUCCUCCUCCUCCUCCUCAUCCACCUUCCCUCACCUCACCUCAUCUCCGCUUUCCCUUCCUCCUCCUCCCUUCCUCCUCCUCCCUUCUUUCACCUCCUCCGCCUCUCUCCCUGCCUCCGAUCAGAUGAUGUAGUUAAGUAAAUAUGAAAUAUAAGAUGAGCUGUGAAGGAUAAAAAAAGAAGAAGAUCUGAGUAAGAAAUGAUAAUAAAUAAAGGUUGAGUAAUAA